GAAAAACGUGGAGAGACGCUUUGUUAUUCUAUUGAAUUGAGGUUCUGUACAGUUUACUUGUUGAUUGUGUCUUACUUGUGCCUUCUUAAACUUAAUUUAUCGAUUAUUAAUAAUAUAAGUAACAUUUAAAUUUAAAAAAUAAUUAGUAAUUUAAAAUAUUUAAAAUAAAAUGGAUUUAGCUGAUUUGCAAGUUCGUCAAAACCGCGUUAAAGAUGAAAUAGGUGUUCAGUGUCAAAAAUUAUUCCAAACAUUUCUCGAAGAAUUUAAAGAAGAUGACGAACUUAAGUAUUUAGAAGCAGCUAAAGAACUAGUGAGCCCAGAAAGAAGUACUUUGGUCGUAUCAUUUGAUGAUGUUGAAAAAUAUAAUCAAGUAUUAGCUACGACAAUUAUCGAAGAAUAUUAUCGAAUUUACCCAUACUUAUGUCAAGCUGUUUGUAAUUACGUUAAAGAUUCUGGUGAAUUAAGAAAAGAAAAAGAAUGUUACGUUAGUUUAGUUGAUGUACCGACGAGACAUAAAUUACGUGAAUUGACGACUUCGAAAAUUGGUACACUAAUCAGAAUAUCUGGACAAGUUGUCAGAACACAUCCAGUUCAUCCUGAAUUAAUUCUUGGUACAUUUGUUUGCGUUGAUUGUAAUGCGACUAUUAAAAAUGUUGAACAACAAUUUAAGUUUACCAACCCGACAAUUUGCCACAAUCCCGUGUGUGCUAACAGGCGGAGGUUUGUUCUGGACAUCGAUAAUUCGGUGUUCGUUGACUUCCAAAAAGUCAGGAUUCAAGAGACGCAGUCUGAGUUACCCAGAGGAUGUAUUCCGAGAUCAUUAGAAGUUAUUCUUAGGGCUGAGACCGUGGAAACUGUUCAGGCUGGUGACAGAUAUGACUUCACUGGUACCCUGAUCGUGGUUCCUGACGUCGGUCAACUAAAUCUACCCGGCGCGAAAGCAGAAAUAGGUUCUCGGCAUAAAUCCGGUGACCAAGGUGAAGGAGUUCGAGGUCUGAAAUCUCUAGGAGUCCGUGAUCUGAACUACAAACUAGCGUUCCUGGCUUGCAGUGUCACCGCGACCAGUCUCCGCUUCGGUGGAACCGAAAUGGCCAUGGAGGACAUCUCCCAGGAAAUGAUGAAACGUCAAAUGACCGAAACCGAAUGGAACAAAGUCUACGAAAUGUCACGUGACAAAAAUUUAUAUCAAAAUUUAGUAUCCUCCCUCUUCCCCUCGAUCCACGGCAACGACGAGGUAAAAAAAGGCGUGACCCUGAUGCUCUUCGGUGGCGUAGCCAAAAAUACCCUCGAAGGCACGACCCUCCGUGGUGACAUAAAUUGUUGCAUCGUCGGGGAUCCCAGUACCGCAAAGUCCCAACUUCUUAAACAAAUAACCGAUAUUUCUCCCCGCGCGGUCUAUACUUCCGGUAAAGCUUCCAGUGCCGCGGGUUUGACUGCUGCCGUAGUUCGUGACGAGGAAUCAUCAGAUUUUGUAAUCGAAGCUGGCGCCCUGAUGUUGGCAGACAAUGGGAUCUGUUGCAUUGACGAGUUCGACAAAAUGGAUCCCAAAGAUCAGGUGGCAAUUCACGAAGCCAUGGAACAGCAAACAAUUUCUAUAGCAAAGGCCGGAGUCAGAGCGACUUUGAAUGCUCGUACUUCAAUUUUAGCUGCCGCUAAUCCCGUCGGAGGUCGUUACGAUAGGUCGAAAUCGCUUCAACAAAAUGUCCAACUUACUGCUCCGAUUAUGUCGAGAUUCGAUUUGUUCUUUAUUUUAGUUGACGAGUGCAACGAAGUCGUAGAUAACGCGAUUGCCAAAAAAAUUGUUGACCUUCACAGCAACAAUGUCGUCACUAUCGAUACGAUUUAUGAUCAGGCAGAAAUAAUUCGUUACAUUAAUUUCGCGAAGCACUUUAAGCCGACGCUUACCGUCGAAGCUGCUGAGCUAUUGGUCGAAAGUUACACGUCGCUACGUCAGAGAGAGGGCGUUGGUAGCAGCAAAUCAACAUGGAGGAUCACAGUCAGGCAACUUGAGAGCUUGAUCAGAUUGUCCGAAGCACUUGCUAAGCUAGAGUGUGCCGACAAGGUCACGGUAAAACAUGUCCAGGAAGCCAGAAGGUUGCUGAGUAAAAGUAUCGUCAGAGUUGAGCAGCCGGACAUUGAUUUGGACGAAGACAACGUUGAGGAAGGGAUGGAUUUGGAUGAAGCUCCACCUCUUAUGGAAGCUUUCAAUGCCAUGGGUGGUAGUGGGGAUAAUGCGCAAAAUGGGGAUCAGGAUAGUGGGGAGAACGGCCAUGGUGGGGAUGGAAAUGAAGUAUUUGAGCAGAAGAAGAAGUUGACGAUGUCUUUUGAGGAAUAUAAAAAUUUGUCUAAUAUGUUGGUGUUAUACAUGAGAAAUGAGGAGGAGAGAUUAGAGAUUGAGGGUAAGGAAGGAAUUAGAAAAACGGAAUUGGUUGCUUGGUAUCUUGAUAAAAUUCAGGAUCAGAUUGAUUCGGAGGAGGAAUUGCUGGAGAGGAAGGCGCUUGUGGAGAAAAUUAUUGACAGACUGAUUUAUCACGACCAAAUUAUUAUUCCGUUGACUACCGGCGGGCUGGGAAAUAGAGAUGAGGAAGAGGAUCCGAUGCUGGUUGUUCAUCCUAAUUAUGUUGUUGAUGGAUAGAUUAGGUGGUUCUGUAAUGAUUUUUUUAAAUAAACUUAAAAUACAUUUUUUUAAUUAGAA